AUGUCCAGAAAGGGGAAUUUGAUCGAUUUGCAGAAGCCAUCAACGGAGCAAUCGAAUCGAGUUAAACGUCGCAACGCACGCAAAAUUCGACUUCAGAUCUCGAAACAACGCCAGAAGACAUCACGUCAACGUCGUGCUUCCGCUGCUCAACGUCGUUCAUCCCAAGCACGUCGCCUAACAGUUGAUCUGAUGGACCCGUCCGCAAGUGGUCCUUCAACUCAGGUUGAGAUUAUCUGCAACGGAAUAUCCCAAUUGUAA